UAUGAGGAUCGACGGUUUUGCAAGGUAUUUACGAAAAAUGAGCGUGUCUGUAGUGUGAAGGCGCUCCCUCCACAUAACUGGGGAACCAGGGGGAGUGCGGAGAGGGGGGGACAGGACCAUCACCCAGAAAGAGGAGGAGGAGGAGGAGCGAGGGAGCAGCUAAGGAGGAAGGAAUCAUCCCGUAGGGGCAUCCUCAUUGCCUUGGGCCAGGUUGAAGUGCUGGUCAGUGGAGAGGGAGAUGAGAGGGGAGCCCCUCUUCAUCUGGUAAAGAUCCUGCCGUUGGGCAGCUUUCACGGUUGGCUGGCUGAUCCUUCCAGGAAGUGAGGGGGGGGUACAAGGAGCCCCCCGCGGAGCCCCAGCAUGAACCACGACUACAUGCUGAGCCCAAAUCAAAGGGGACAGUGUGUCCUUAGCCUGGGGGAGAGAGUCUGCUGUGUGUCACCAGAGAGACAUGGUUGGUAGCCAGUGAGUCAAUCUGAGCCCUUCAGAUGAAGAGCCUUCAGUUCCGGAGCAUUGCCCCAAAGGCCCCAGCCGUGGUGCCCUCCCCCUCCCCUGCGGUCCUGUCCUGCCAGCCUCCCUCUGCCCUCCCUGAGGCAACCACCGCCUCCAGCCCCAAGUCCAUCAUUGUACCCACCCAAAACUAUGCACUGAUGCAAAUAGCAGGUCAGGAUGGCACUUUCUCUCUGGUGGCGCUGCCCCCUUCUGUAUCCUCUCAGACACCACAGCAACAACCACAACAAACCCAGUCAAUCCAAAAGAACCUAAAGUUACCCAUUCCCAGAUACCAGCCAGUCAGAAGCAAGGGGACCACAGAUAAAGUCAGAUCACCACCACUAGCUACCAGGGUGAAAACUCCCUCCAAGGUUGCUUCGACAACACAAACAAAGGUGAGCAAGGCAUCAUCAGUGAUGAAGAAAAAUCAACAGGAGUCCAAGAACACAAAAGAAGCCCUAGUGCCCAAAGAGGAACCUUCAGAUCAGGUAAUUCUCAUUGACCCGGCUUCCUCUGACAUCUCUGUAACCGCUCUGCUACCGGACAACGCUGUCCUGUAUCCAGGCUCUCAGUUGGAGCGAGCGCCAGAUGGCUCUGAACGACCUGCUACAACUGGCCUUAUUAAGAAUCUCCAGUACCCCCCUGCUGCUGUCAAAACCUCCCCAGGCAAAACCCAGGAGCAAAGUAAGACUACAGUGAGGCUGUGCCAAUCCAAGCCCACUGCAGCCCAACCAUCAAGCAGCAUCACUGUCCUGUCCCCUGCCAUCUUCAGCAAAGCAGUCCAGAUUAUCCCAUCCCCACCUAAGGGUAAACUGCCCAUUCUGCCCUACUCUAAAAUGAAGAGCACCCUCAUCCCAGCUGCCAAGCUCAGUUUGUCCCCAGAAAAGAAAGGUUUCUCAAGCCAGACAGGACUCACCAGCCCCUUAGAUCCUACAUCCAAGACCCUGGAGACAACUGAGGCUUUGGGUCAUAACCAGGUGCCAAACUCCACUCUACAGCGCCCGGCCAAGACCACACUCAUGCCUGUGUUGGGACCUCUCCAGAAACCACCUGGCAAGAAAAGAGGGAGGAAGCGAAAAACAAUGGAGGACAUCUUGGCAUUUGAGGCCCGAAAGAAAAGGUCCUUGUCUUUCUUCUGUAGAAGGGUCCCUGAGAAACCGCCUGCAGUUGCUCCAGGCUCGAAACCGAAGGAAGUUGAUAUUUCAAAAAAGUACCGCAGCAUUCGACCCAAGCCCAUGCUGGUUAUGGAGACAGUUCCCCAGCUGGUUAGCUUGCCCGGCAUUACCCCAGAUGGCCAAGAACAGGAGCUUGUUCUCGGUCAUCACCUCUCCACCCCCACCACAACCAAGACCCUGGACUGUCCUCCCCAACCAGCCCCGGUAACCCUCCACUUGAGAGGUGCCUCCCAUCCCAGAGUGUUUAUAGGGAGUCGACCACUCCACCGUUGCCCGACCUGCAGCCGCUGUUUCCAGUUCAAGCAUCACCUCCAGAGCCACAUGAACAGUCACACCAACAGUCAGCCAUACGUCUGCCCAGUCUGCCGCAAAGCGUACGCUCACUCAGGCAGCCUGAGCACACAUAUGAAGCUUCACCACUCCGACGUACGCCCACGUCGGUCUCUGAGCUGCGAGUUCUGCGAGAAGUCUUUUGGAUAUGUGGGGGUGUACUUCAGUCACCUGAGAGAGGUACACAAGGUGGUGCUGACCGUGGAGCCGUCCAUAAGCCAUCAUGAGGAUGACAUGUCUGUUGAGGGGGCCAACUCCCCAGAGACGUCUGACGAGCAGGAUCGUGAAGACCCCGUGGAACUGCAGAUCAAAUGCGGCCGCUGCCAGGCAAUCACUCCCACCUUUGCUGACAUGAAGAUGCACUUGCUUUACGUGCACGGGGAGGAGGUCCAGGUUCGACUCCGCGAAGGCCAGCAACCUCGGGGGGGUCGCGAAGCCGAGAACGAGCUGGUAAAGCACGCCGCCCACUACUGGAGGCAGCUCAACGAGAAGCGCAACCUGGUGAAGUGUGGCAGCUGCGACGAGGAGUUCUUCUCUUUCUCUAAGCUCAAGAGGCACAUCAUGUCCCACCACAGAGGAAGGGAAGGGGAGGACAGUGGAACCUUCUCAUCACCAGAGAGCAGCGUGGGCCUCGGGGUCCUCGCAGCAGGUUCAGCCUUUAACUGUGUGCUCUGCAGAGAGGUGUUGGACACUAAAGAGAAGGUUAUGGAGCACUGGAGGAGUCACCAUCACUGUGAGCAGCCUGGCUUGCUAUGGGCUGCCUUUAGCUCCUACUCUGGCCAGGAAGAGGGUGAAGCAGACGGGGAUCUAGACACUCCUGCUCCAAGUCCACACUAGCCAGCCUAGCCCUUGCAUGGGCAUGGAGCCCUUCACUGUGGCUCAUCCUCAUACUUCACAUACUCAGUCUUUACAAUCAGCAGCACAGGGAUGUAGAGUUUCUCUUAUGUAUUUAACACUAGUUUCAUCUUUCACCAGUUGAAAUUGGUCCAAGAAAAAGAAAAAAGAAAAUCAAGCCAAUGGUGAAAAUUGAUCUUCGUGUUAAAAUUCAUAAGGGAUAUUCUCUAUAGAGUCAGAGAAUCCAAUUUUAUAAACAAUUUUUUUCAUGUUGUUACUUUGAUUGCACUGUUUUGUUUUUUUUUGGAGUUCAUUUUGUUUGGAGGUAUGUAUUUAAUAUCCUGUUGGAAAUUAGAUUAUUAUUUUUUUCUACUGCUUAUUUAAAUGUUAUUAAAGGGUAAUUUAUAUCCUGAACUGUUAAAGGAUCAGUCCAUCCAAAUCACACACAAAAAAAACCAUUCUAUUCCCACUGAAUUCUAGUGGUAUCUAGCCAUGCAGUUAGUUUAGAUUUUGAGAUAUUGUUUCAAAGAUUUUUGCAAUGCUAUGGAAUCUCACAACUUAGAUUUUUUUUUAAAAAUGUGUGACGAGAUCCAGAAAGACUUGUUUUUACUGAAAGACCAAUUAUUGUUUAGUUUUUUUCAAAUGUAAUUUUUAAAUGCUCUGAGCACCCCGAACACAACUGUAUUCACCGCCACGGUAUUGGGGUGAGACUAUCCGCAUGGCUAGAGACCACUGUGGGAAUGUGUUGGGGUUUUUUUUUUUAUUUGGGUGAAAUGAGAAGUGUAUAUCUCAUAACAAAGGGCACACUGUCAACUGUCACACUGGCAGACAAUUGAAUCUAUUGGCCUUGGAUUAUUACAGGUUAAAAGACAUGAGUAUCUGUACAAUCCUUUUAUCUAAUAUUGGUAUUGUAAUGGAAAAAUCAAAAAUGUCUGAUUAAGGGCAGUAUUAGGGUCCUCUGUCACUCUUGAACCCACGAAGGAACACUUUCCUAACCAGCACCCAUGUGACAUCUUUGUGGCCUUCUGAGAAGAAAAAAAAAAGAAGCGGUGUUCAUGCGUAAUGUGGCUUAUCAUCAGUACGGCCCCUCUGCAGGCCAAGUUCUAUCUUCUUGACUUGUUGAUUAAUGCCUAUAUGUGUAUUCUGUGACAUGCCAAGGGUCUAUUCACACUAGUGAUUGUAGAAGUGAGUUCUGCAUUUAAGCUUUUUAACCACUGGCAGAAUACUGUUUGUUGAGUUAGUAAAUACGUUGUUGCCAGCUCGUGUACGCACCUGUGGAAUUGUGUGCACCCACACUCUAUGAUUAGAGUUAAUAUAAACUGUUGUCAAGUCCAGAAAAAUAUGCUAUUUUAUACUCUAGAUUAAUAAAGAGGUCUUUUAGUAUAUUUAUGCUUGUGGUUGGUCCGUAAAGAGCCAGCACUGAGACAUUUGUUAUGUUUGCUUCUUCUGAUUUCGGGGGAUGCUUAAUGUCUUGAUUCUUGCUUGAGAGGCCGUUACUUACAUGGCAAGUAGCUCUGUUAACAUUUGUCUGUGUUCAUCUUUCAUAUGAAGAAAAAAAAAAAAAUCACAGGGUCAAGUGAAUGUACCUGAAUGUUUUAAAAACCCUACCAAAAGUGUAUAUAUAUGCUAUAUAGACUUAUUAUAUAGAUAGAAUAUAUAGAUAUAUGGAGAAAAAUAUAUAUAUUUACAUAGAGUAACUAGUGAAUCAGCUGCUUUGUUCUGUCACAGUGGAAGGGGGGAAACAAGAGAUGAAUAUAUCAUUGCCGAAACUGGCAACAAAAGCCAUGCAGAGCUGUCCUUACGUGUCUGACACAAAACGCAGGACUGUGAAUGAAGGGCAAAGCACUGAUGCGUAUACUAUACGUCGCACUGAUUGGUUAAAAUACAGUCAAGCUACUGUUGGAAUGCCAUGUUUGAGAGUUCAUCAGUGAGCUGUCCUUUAUUUUCAAGCCUCAACACAAACCAGGAAGUGACAGAAUUAAGGGUCAGACUCUUCUCUCCUCAGUUAGAUAAGACACAUACAUGACUGUCAGCACAAGUCGGUGAGUGAAAAAUCUGAUGUGUUUGUUUCACUUAUUAUGUUGACCGUGUCCAAAAAAAAGAAAGAACUAAAAACAGAAAAAAAAGACUGAAAGUGUUUGUGCUCGUGACUGUUUGUGUACCUGAAGAACCUGAUGUUUAUGAGAUUAAAGAUAUGCUUUGUUGACGACA